CAGCCUGGUCAUGCCCAAUCUGUGCCGCCUCACCUGGGCCCCGCUGGAUGACGAGAAGCCCUUCACCUACACCUGCAGGGUUUACCAGGGCAGCAGCUGGAAGGAGAACAGCAUGGCCGUCCACCACAGGCUUCUUCCGAUCUGCUCUGCAAUCAGUGUGAUGUUCCAAUCAGCACCAUGGUUUUUGUCUCUGGUCAUGUCACUUCCGAUGGCUGUGGGUCUCCUGAGCCCGUGAACCCUCACUUUUACAUGGUAUCGACUCAAUGGACCUUUCUUACAUGAUUUGUGACUCACUGUGGUUUGAUAGUAGGUGGUUGACUCUGUGU